CCGCCCGCGCCGUGGCCCCGCCCCGGCUUCCGCAGCGAGCCGCUUCCCGAAGAGGUGCAGGAUGGACGUUCUGCGGCCCACCCUGAUAAGGAUUGGAGGGCGAGUAUACAGGAAGACCCUCAUCCAAGAGCAGACCUACCAGCAAGAGGAGGAGGAGGAGGAAUUGUGUGCAGGCCCCGGUGACUGCGCAGAUGAACCCUGUGAUGCCUUUGUGGUGGAAGAGACGGAGAAAGGCUUCCAGUGCAGAGUGGAGGUUCCCAGUCCGUUGUACAAGUACAUCAUUGGGAAGAAAGGGGAAACCAAGAAGAGACUAGAAACAGAGACUCGAACCUCCAUCAGCAUUCCCAAGCCUGGAGUGGAAGGAGAAAUCGUGAUUACAGGGCAGCAUCGCAGUGGUGUCAUCUCUGCCCAGACGCGGGUUGACGUCCUCCUGGACAGCUUCCGCAAGAAGCAGCCCUUCACACACUUCCUGUCCUUCGCUCUCAACCAGCCUGCCAUCCAGGAGAAGUUCCUGCAGUUCAAGGAGGAAGUGUUGGAGAAGUGCUCGAAGGAUCAUGGGGUCAGCAGCAGUCUGUUCCAGAACCCUGCAAAGCUUCACCUGACUCUUGGGACACUGGUGCUUCUGAAUGAGCAAGAGAUCCAGAAAGCACGUGACCUCCUACAGCGAUGUAAAGAGGACUUUGUGGACCAAAUUGCUGGAGGCAAGCCCCUGACUGUGGAGGUGGCCGGAGUGGAGUACAUGAAUGAUGACCCUGCCAUGAUGGAUGUCCUCUAUGCCAAAGUCCACAUGAAGGAUGGCUCAGACAGGUUGCAGGCGAUCGCCGGUCAGCUGGUGGAGCGGUUUGUGGCCUCUGGCCUGAUGCUUAAAGAAUGGGAUAGGGUGAAAUUGCAUGCUACGGUCAUGAACACUCUCUUCAGGAAAGAUCCAAGUGCUGAAGAGCGAAACGCUACAAUGACUGGUAAAGCAUCCUUCAAGGAACGGGAAUCGUUUAACGGCCGAAAUAUCCUCCAGCUCUUUGAGAACUUCUACUUUGGAGAGGUGCAGCUGGACUCGGUGCGUCUUUCCCAGCGCUUCUCCUCGGAUGCCUCUGGCUACUACACGACGUGCGGGCAGCUCAGCUUCUGCAGCUGACCCCAGUGGCUCCGCUCGGCCUGCGAUGGCAUGGGAGAGGAUGCGGGGAUUGGAUGGGAAUGUGGGAGCUCCAUGCAGGGAUACCCCACAGCCCCUCAACAGCCAGGAACCUUGGCAUUUCCCUGCAGCCUUUCCCACACGUAUUGCCUUUGCAGGGAGCCGGGCCUUUCUGCCUCCUUUCCCCAUCGGUAACCAAAAUGCCACAAAGGUGCCCAUUUGAUGUCUGCUGCCUGUUUGUCUUCCAAGAAAACAACUAGAAAAACUGGUGCAGGUGGCUUUUGGGGCACCACCAACAUUUAAGCGUGGCUUUAUUUCAGAAGAAGAAAAUUUGUUCUUCGAAUCAGUGUUUAAAAUCCACCCUGAGAGUGGUGUAACGCUCUUGAGGUGAGGCAUCGCUUGGAUCCCCGGUAGCGUGCCUAUGCGAUGUACAUCUCCAAAUAAACUCCUUCCCUU